GCGCCCAUCAUAUAAACCACGCCCAACACCGCCGCCGAUAGCUCCUCCGUCUCCGUCUCUUCGCCGCCUCUCCUCGCCGGCUAGGGUUCCCGCGACGCCGCCUCGCCGCCUAAGGUUCUUCCGACGCCGCUUCGGCCUUCUCGCUUCGCUGGUAGGUUGUCCAAGAUGCCUCGGUACGAUGAUCGUUAUGAUCGGUACGGUGACCGUUACGAUCGGUACGAUGAUCGUUAUGAUCGGUACAGUGACCGUUACGACCGGUAUGAUAGAUACGGCGACAACACCAAGUUGUAUGUGGGCCGCCUUUCUACACGCACCCGUACACAGGAUGUUGAGUACCUCUUCGGCAGAUAUGGAAGGGUGCGAAAUGUGGAGCUGAAGCAUGAUUAUGGAUUUGUUGAGUUUAGCGAUCCCCGUGAUGCAGAUGAUGCAAGGUAUGAACUUGAUGGCCGAGAUUUUGAUGGGAGCCGCAUCAUUGUUGAGUUUGCCAAAGGGACCCCGCGUGGUCCAGGAGGUUCCUUCAAUUACGUGGGCAGGAGCCUCCCUCCUGGUUCUGGCCGUUGCUUUAACUGUGGGAUCGAAGGCCACUGGGCUCGUGAUUGCAAAGCCGGGAACUGGAAAAAUAAGUGCUACCGCUGUGGAGAAAUGGGCCAUAUUGAAAAAAACUGCCAGAACAGUCCUAAGAAUCUCAAGCGAGGGGGACGCUACUCAAGGUCCCCAUCACCUCAGCGUGGAAGGAGCCGAAGCAGGAGUUACAGCAGGGGCCACAAGGGUUACAGUCAAUCGCCUUCUCCAAGGAGGGAUGUCCUUGAGGAAAUGCCUUCUCCAAGGAGGGAUGAUCGUGGCGCUGGUCUCAAGGAAAGGCGGCCAAUAAGCUCCAGUUACAGUCCUAGGAGGAGUGCUUCACCUUCAGGUUGCAACCGUAGCCCAACAUCGAAUGGCAUGAGCCACCCACCAAGGAAGCAAGCUGAAGGCAACGGAUCGCAUCACAGUGCGAGAGGCGACAGCCAGAGCCCAGCCCAUGACAGGCGCCCAGCCACCAAUGGGCGGGGCUUGGCCCCUGAGCAUGAUGGCAAAUCUGGUGUGCCACCUGGAACUUGAAACCUUGUCGCUGCAGCAUCUCUUGGAAGGAGCAACUUGAAUGUUGGUAGACUAUGUUGAUGCAUGAAACUUCAUGUCUGAGGAAUGUUGAUGCGCGUUGUGCAACCUUCUGUCUAUUUUGUGUGUGACGGUACCAGUGUUGUCCAGACUUGUACUCAGGGUCAAGAUAGUCAACUUCAUGUCUGAGUACUGCCUUUCAUGAAGUUUUUGGCUUGUUGCUGUCAGCAAAAAUAUUGUCUAAGCCUUGUUGAGUUUAUGCUUGUUGUGGUCAGCAAUAUCCAUAUUUGUUUA